CUUUGAGAUUGGCUAAUGCUGGCAACGUUGUGCAUGCAACAAAGUCAAGUCACGUUCAAGCAGAAGGCGAGUCAGCCGUCAGCGUUUCGCGCGUUUUCUGGAUUUACCGCAGCAGAGUUUGCAGCGACCUCCGUUGUGGUAUUUUGUUCCUCGGAGGCAUGCCCUCGGAAUCGGAAAAAGGAGGUGAUCAAUAUGCAGUCGUCAAGUUUCCAGAGGAAGGCAACUCUGUGGCUCUUGUACAUACCAAGUGGCUGCAUGGCGAUGUCUGCUUGUGGCCACAGGAUUCCAAGAAUGUUUCGUAUUUAGCAAAAUGUGGAGCCUCUCCAUCCUCCAACUGGCAAGUCGUGCCAUGUGUGCCCAUAGGCACAUUCAGAACAUAUGAUGCAGCGCGACAAAAGCUCAAGCAAGCUGAAGAUGGGUCAGACUUGGGGAGUGAAGUGGACCUGGGACGGGGCAAAAGAAAAAAGCAACGAAGAGCCCUUAGCUCAAGUCCGGAAAGUGUGCAGCGACUACCACUUCCACCGCCCUCUAUGAUGAAAAAAGCACAGAAGAGGGAUGGGAGACGCAUUCACAAGCAGUCAUCACUUGCAUCAACAUCUAGGGCUAAUGAUCCCAAUGUUUGCAGUGAUCAAGGCGCAGUGCAAUGUGCACAAAUGUGUGCUAGCGAGACUUCAGAAUCUGAGGGUGAGGCUGAGUCUGGAGGUGAACAAGAUGCAAUGCAAGAAUCAUCAGGCAUUAAAAGAUCGUCCACAGCUCACUCUUUGAUGAAAAGAGCAAGCCAAAUGGGAAAUACACAGUGCAACAAUGAGAAGUGGCAUUCAAGUCAGUCUGUUGCACCUAUUUCAGAUGAUGGCAUUAAGCAGGUGAUCAGGCUUCUACAAACGGUAAUCUUGAGAGUCGAGCACCUGGGAAGCCAACUAGACGUAAUAAAAGCAAAGCUUUGUGACCAACAACUGCAGCCUGAAGCAGAUUUGUUAGAAAAACCAUUUUGUGACAUCACGGAGUUCGAACUGUUUGAUCAAGGCCUCUCAGAAAGUGAUGCAAUGAAGUCAAAGUUGGUACGGGAACUCGCUGCCUUAGGAGGAAGAAAUGUUAGUUUGUCUACGCGUCGCAUUCUUGAAGCCCUGAUGACCCAGGAAGUGGCUGUUCAAUAUAGUUGGCUCGGACAAAAAGGAAAGAAGAAGUUCUUGUCGUUGACAACCUGCGACUUGAUAUAUAAAAGUGUUAAGUGCACAUUUGAAACUGUAAAAAGAAGUGAAGUUGAGGACGUUGUAAAAACGUGGCUCAGACACGCUGGGGAGAAGCUUAGAAAGAAUAACAAACAGUCUGAAAAAGUCACAGAGCUGCUGGAGUGACAACGCAGGCCUCACUGAAGUGCAGCAUGUUUCAACCACAGCACGGAGGACUUUUUUUCCACAUUUUGCUGUUUUAAUGAUAAUUUCGUCAUUAUAAUACUCAUUUUUACUUUUCCGUUCUUUAAUAUUUAAAGAUUGUAUUUUAAUUCCUCAUUUUCUAGUCAUUUUUAGUCAGUUACAGUUUAUUACUCAUUUUUGCAUUGCUGUAGCAGGAAGACAAUUUUUUCGCGCAUUAAGAGUGAUGCCUUAUGUAUUCAUGUUUUUUAUAAUAAAUUUUAUAUUUAAGCUUU